CGCCCACAACAAGAGAAUAAUGGCUGGCAACUUUUGGGAGUCAAGUCACUUCAAGGAAUGGCUCCUGGACAAGCAAGAAAUAGAAGUAUGGCGCCAGAAAGACGUCUCGUACUUUUCUAGUUCAGAAGACUACCAGAAACUAAUGAUAUUCUUCGCCAACUUCAUCCAAACCCUCGGGGGAGAGCAAUUGAAACUAAGACAGCAAGUCAUUUCCACUGCCAUCAUCUACUUCAGACGAUUCUACUCCCGUCACUCCCUCGGAGACGUUGAUCCCUUCCUAUUAGGCCCGACCUGUCUCUAUCUAGCAUCGAAAGUCGAGGAGUGUGGAGUCGUUCAACCCGGUACCCUCUACAUCAGAUGCAAAUCCCUAAUCAGACAGAAAUACCAGAGCAUCUACAACCAGGACUACUCCUACAAAGCCCAACUGAUAAUGGAGUGUGAGUUUCUACUUUUAGAAAUGCUCGACUGUUGCUUGAUAGUCUAUCACCCAUACCGGCCCCUAACACAGUAUGUAACAGACCUUGGACAAGAGGACAUACUCCUACCCACAGCUUGGAAGAUAGUGAAUGAUACUUAUCGUAGCGAUAUAUGCAUGUUAUAUCCUCCCUAUCUGAUAGCUCUCGUUGCCAUACACAUGGCUGCCGUCGUCCACAAGAAAGACGUGAAGGCGUGGUUUGCAGAGCUCUCUAUUGAUAUGAACAAGAUCAUUGAGAUCACGAAUCUCAUACUAGACCUAUACAAGAUGUGGAAGAGUUACGAUGAGGCUAAGGAUGUCCCCGAGCUCCUGGCAAAGAUGCCAAAACCUACAAAGUGUGGCUCGCCUGGAGAGCCCACGCCUUCUCCUAAUAAAUAACAGUUUGUUAUUGGAUGUCAUCUCAUCAAAGCAUGUUAAUUAAUUUUUAUUUAAAUUACUACUUUAAAAAUUGAAUUUCUUAUCUGCUCUGUUGCAAGGCCGUGUGACCGCGUGGACAUGCAGUUAAUUUAUUUUUUAAAAGAAAAAUAAAACUAAUUGAGAACACCAUUAUGAAAUCA